GGUUAAGUACUUAUAUUGUUCACAGAUGUUAGUGUUCUAUUGUCGAUAUUUGCGGCGUUCGCUAUUUUUCAAACAGCGGCAGCCGCUAAUCUUCCGCUGCUGCGCGACUCUUUUCGACGCAGUUGAUUUUUUUUAUCCUCCUGAAAGCGUUUUUCUUGGUAAGCUUUUAAUAAGUUCUUGUUAACAUCGGGAGCCGCAUGUUUCUCAAGUGUUUGUUGUAACGACGCAUACCUAUGGUGCGUUUACUGACGAUGUUCGACUUAGGCAAAUGUCUUUGCCGGAGUCGCUGCUUUACGCUGCUUUACGCUGCUUUACGACGUGACGAUUCACUUUGGCUGAAGUUUCACAUAGAUUACAUAGACACAAACAUACAGAUUAUAGGUGUUUAUACACGAUACGUAUAGUGUGUGGGACAAAUAAUCCCUAGCCCUUUAACACAGUCCGUGGUGGACAGACGGUGAAGGCAGCGGAUGAUGUCAGUAGGACUGGUAUGCAGCAAAGCUCUGACGUCACUCAGUUAAAACUCCAGCUGUGGCGAUUCAGGCCAAAUAAGGAGCAAAGUGAGCCAGGUAUUAAGUUGAUCUGGACGUGCAAAACACCUGGCGUUUCUGCCUUUGACUGAUAGGGAUUUAAUAGUAUCUAAAUACUACAGUGUACUGUGGAUUACACCAUUGUGAUACUGUACAGCAGAAGGAUUAGCAGUGGCUGUCAGACAUUGUCAGUGUCAGAUGCAGGUUGACAGGUUUGAUGCUGUCUGCAACUAUAAUUCCUCUAUUUGAUCGUGCACUUGAAAUUCCCUAAAGCACUGAUGACUGGGACAGACAAGUGACUGACAACGACACAACCACAGGCAUUAACAAUCCUAAAAUAUAUCAAAUGAGUCAUAGCAUAGUGUGAGAUGUAAGGAAACCUUUUGCAAAAACCCAGAAGAGACAAAAAAGCUUUAUGAUUGCAUAAACCUGACAACAGCACAUAGUCAGAGCUGGUACUUCAAAUCACUGAGGGUUUUCUGAAAGUAACUAUCCACUACCAGAUCUGAUGAAUCUAAAGGCAUUGCUUCAUCACACCAUGGCUGGAUUCAGGCAAGAAGAUGUCGAGUUGUAUUAUGAGAUGGGAGAGGAGCUGGGCAGUGGACAGUUUGCCAUUGUUCGCAAAUGUAAAGAGAAGAGCACAGGCAUCGAGUAUGCUGCCAAGUUCAUAAAGAAGCGCCGCCUGUCGUCCAGCCGGCGGGGGGUGAGCCGCGAGGAGAUCGAGCGGGAGGUCAACAUCCUGCGAGAGAUCCAGCACAGCAACAUCAUCACCCUGCACGACAUCUUUGAAAAUAAAACAGACGUGAUCCUGAUCCUUGAACUGGUUUCUGGUGGAGAACUGUUUGACUUCCUGGCUGAGAAGGAGUCUCUGACGGAGGAGGAGGCCACCCAGUUCCUCAAACAGAUCCUGGAUGGAGUUCAGUAUCUGCACUCCAAACACAUCGCCCACUUUGACCUCAAGCCUGAAAAUAUCAUGCUGCUGGACAAGAACGUCCCAAACCCCAGGAUUAAACUGAUUGACUUUGGAAUUGCUCAUCAGAUCAAAGCAGGAAAUGAGUUCAAGAACAUCUUUGGAACCCCCGAGUUUGUUGCACCAGAAAUAGUAAACUAUGAGCCACUUGGACUGGAGGCAGACAUGUGGAGCAUUGGAGUCAUCACAUACAUUUUGUUGAGUGGUGCUUCACCAUUUCUGGGUGAGACCAAGCAGGAGACCCUGACCAACAUCUCAGCCGUCAACUAUGACUUUGAUGAGGAGUAUUUCAGUAACACCAGUGAGCUGGCUAAAGACUUCAUACGGCGUCUGUUGGUGAAGGAUCCAAAGAAAAGAAUGACAAUUGAUGACAGCCUUGGACAUCCUUGGAUCAAGGUGAUUAAGAGACGAAAUGUGCGUCCAGAGGAGAGGGACCACAAGCCUGAGCGUCGACGCCUGAAGACCACUCGUCUUAAGGAGUACACCAUCAAGUCCCACUCCAGCAUGCCACCCAACAACACGUAUGUCAACUUUGAGCGUUUCUCUCAAGUGCUGGAGGAAAUCGCUUCAGCAGAGGAAGGCCUAAAGGAGCUGGAGCGCAAUCAGCGAUCCUGUCAAGAGGAUGUGGCAGCGCUACUGUCUAUCUAUGAGGAGAAGGAGGGCUGGUACAAGGAGGAAAACCAGAGCAUCUCCAGUGACCUGAGCCACAUCCGACAAGAGCUCCAGCGCUCUCAGGCCCAGCGCAAGAAAUGCCAGGAGGACACACGGGUCACCAUGCAGGCCGCCAACAUCCUCAAGCGCAAGUUUGGGCGCCUGGAAAACCGCUACGAGGUCCUGGCCGAGCAGGUGGCUUCCGAGGUUCGCUGGGUGGAGGAGCUGGUCAAGUCCAUAUCUGCAGAGAAGGACCGGCCGAGCUCUGGCAGUACACCCUGAGCUGAGCCCAGGUCUAACAAUGACAUUUUAUUUCUCAAAUAUCCUCCAGCAACUAUCCUCUCUGCAUGUGCGCUGCGCGGAGACUAAAUCAACGAGCGUCAUCCUGAGCCACGCUGCAGCUGCUGUUUCCAUUUAGAACAAAUGUUCCAUCCUCUAUGUCACACUAAAGAGAACCAGCACGAAGCACAGAGAACCAACAAUGAACCUGUUCCUCCAUUUUUGUUUUUUUAUACAUUUAUUUAUAAUUUUAUAAAUUCAUGUACUGUAAUUUUCAGCUGUAAUGGUUUUCUAACUUAGAGUAUCUUUUUUUUUCAACCUAACGUUAUUAUAUCUGAAAUUUCUAGAGCUUUAAAAGUCCUCGUUCCUCAAUUUGAAGGUUUUUUAAGAAAGAAAAACGGCUAAUUGUGUCAGGUUUGCAUUAAAUAAAUACAGGGAUGUUGAAUUAUUCCAUUAUAUGCAUUGCGGAUGUGAUUUUCUCAUCUACUUUAGUAAUAAUGACCAACUUUUUAAGGUUCAAUGUGAAAGAUUAGGAAACACAUUUUUGUGGUUCCAUUUGUAU